AUGCCUAGUAACGACGCAGUGUACGUCAACGGCUUCGAAAACCGUACUGGCAGAGCCGACAACCACAUCACCGUUCGUGGUAGCAGUUUCCUCUUUGCCAUCGCUGCGGUCAUGGGCGCUGCGGCAUUGGGUUGCAUUGGCUGGUCACGCACCAAACCUCGCCAGCAACGCAUCUUCUUCUAUCUGUGCGCCUUGAUCAACUUCUUCGCCGCCAUUGCCUACUUUACAAUGGGAUCCAACCUGGGCUGGGCCGCUAUUCCGGUCGAGUUCCGUCGCUCUAAUCCGAGGGUGGGUGGAGCUACGCGCCAGAUCUUCUAUGCCCGGUAUAUCGACUGGUUUCUUACCACCCCUUUGCUUCUCCUGGACCUUCUUCUCACCUGUCGUCUGCCAUGGCCGACCAUCUUAUACACCAUCUGCAUGAAUGAGAUCAUGAUCGUCACCGGUCUUGUUGGUACUCUGGUCGCAACCCGCUACAAGUGGGGUUUCUUCGCCUUUGGCUGUGCUGCUUUCCUGGUUGUUGUCUACAUCAUUGUCGCUGAAGGUCGGCAAUAUGCCAAAGCCCUCGGAGCGGACAUCCAUCGAACAUACAUUAUCUGUGGCGUUUGGACGAUCGGCUUGUGGUUUCUCUACCCAAUCGCCUGGGGUUUGGGUGAAGGUGGGAACGUCAUUUCUUCGGACUCAGAAGCUGUCUUCUAUGGUGUGUUGGACUUCUUGGCAAAGCCCGUCUUCUCUUUCCUACUCCUCUGGGGUCAUCGCCACACCGACAUUGCUCGCUUAGGUCUUCAUGUUCGCGGCGCUGGCGAAACCCCCCUCGGAGAGAAUCUACAUGGCGCUCAGCACGAGAAGGGACAUCACAAUGGUGUGAAUAACGAUGGUACUGCAACUGGUGUCCAUGACGGCACCACUGGCCCUCAAAUUACCCCUGCUGUUUGA